AUGGGAUGUUGUCUCAUUAAAAAAAAGAAGUCCCUAAAAACAUAUGGAUAUACUCUAAAUAAUUAGGUUGAAGAAAACAAACAAGACAUUAAACAAUCCUUUAUUCAAGAUAUUUAAGUUAUAAUAUUGAAUCAUUCAGAAGAUGAGUAAGAUAAAGAUUCCCUCCAUUCAAAUUUAGACGCUGACAGCUGGGUAUAAGGGGAAGUUCUUGGAUAAGGUGCAUUUGGAAAAGUAGUAAUGGGACUUCAAAAGAAUGGUUAAAUUAUGGCAGUCAAAUAGGUUUUCAUACAGAAUUUUAAUGACCAAGUAAGAAGAGUUAUAUAGUUACAGAAGGAAAUCUAAAUGCUUAGCAAAUUACAACAUCCAAACAUAGUCAGAUAUUUAGGUUGUGAGCAAAAGAAUUAAUUUAUUAAUAUUUUUCUUGAAUAUGUUAGUGGAGGUUCGGUGUAAUCCAUGCUUGAAAGGUUUGGUUGUUUUAAAGAAAGUCUAAUUAAGACAUAUCUACGAUAAAUAUUAUUAGGUUUGAGUUAUUUACAUGCAAAAAAUGUGAUUCAUCGAGAUAUUAAAGGAGGUAAUAUUUUGAUUGACAAUUCUGGGAAGUGCAAAUUGGCUGACUUUGGAAGCAGUAAAUAAUUGAGUGAUUUUGCUCAUGAUACUCUUGGUUCUAUCUGUGGAACUCCCAAUUACAUGGCUCCUGAAGUUAUCAAUUAAGAAUAAUAUGGAAAAAAGGCAGAUAUUUGGAGUUUAGGAUGUACCAUUAUUGAAAUGGCCACAGGUCUACCUCCAUUCUCAGAAUUAAAGGAUGCGAUUGCAAUCAUGGUCAGAAUUGGAAAAUCAACUAAACCUCCUUCUAUUCCUCCAUAGUUGAUAUCGGCUGAAUCUAGGCACUUUGUAUCACUUUGUUUAUAAAUUGAUCCCAAAAAAAGGGCGACAGUCGAUGAAUUACUCAAUCAUCCUUUUUUGAGAAAGUCCUAAAUUAAUACUAUUUCCAAGAAUACAUAAAAGAUUCCCAAAAAAGAAUCUACCAUGAUUAAGCACACUUUUUUAUUAGACAAUGAAGUCGAAGCUGAUUAAAUUGAGCCAAAUUCUCCUUAAUUUUAAGGAUUAUAAGGUAAAUCCUUGUCUAAAACUAAUUAAAUUAGUGUCAAAAAAAAAGUUGAGCCUCCGAACUAUAACUUAAUUGUUGAACCCGAUUUGAGCGAUUAAAUUGAUUUAGAAUAAAGAUAAUAGGAGAUUACAAACUGUGAUAGCAAUGGUUAUAUUAAAUUCUCAUAAGAUGAUAAUUAAAAAAGUGUAAAAGCAAAGGAAUCAAAUUAAAACAAAUAAAAUUUGUAAAAUGACUUAGAUAAUGUUUUAAAUUAGUACUCAUAAUAGAAGUGA